CAACUGAUCAACUGAUUGACUGACUGGUUGACUAAUUUUAUAUUUCAAGGCGGGUACAUGGAUGCUUCAAGUGAAGAGCUCAAGCACGGACCGAGUCAAAGUCAGCAUCCUGGUCAUGUCCGAAGGCAGAGACCCUACAAAGAUGCCGGUAUUGGCUUCAUGUCAAGGGCCAAAGAACCCGGUUCGCGCACCUGAUGAAGCAGUCAUUGACGUCUAUGUGUCGAAAGGCGGGAAAGUUGUCAUUGGCGCGAAAGUUAUGGCGGUGGUGAUCAACACGCAGGGGCAUUGGUGCCUUCCACUGUUUGACAGCGGUGAUGAUCCCGACGUAUCCAGCAAUGACGGUAUCUACAGUGGAUACUUCACGCAGUUCACGGGUGCGGGACGGUACUCUGUCUUUGCUUACAUUUACGGAGACAGCAAGACCAGGCACGCGCACCGAAUUGCAGGCUUCCCCCCUGAAUCUAGUAUCACCGUUCAUAAUCGUCCCCGUCCUGAAGGACUGCCACAAAUAAACAUCAGCGCCUUCGAGCCGCUGCCAGCAAACUACACACCGACCGAUGACCUUUUGGAAGACAUUGAGUCCACGCCCCGAUUCCAAAGGGUCGUAGCUGGUGGUUCAUUCAAGGUCGACAGUAACCUGAACCAGGCUGAUGUUCCUCCUGCCAGAAUCUCUAACUUUCAGAGUGCCGGUGGGCACGUUCAGAAGGACAGAACGCCUAUCAUCACUCUUAAAUGGACUUGGCCUGGGGCGCAUAUGACAAAUGGAAAAGCUACUUCAGUGGAGAUCCGAGGCGGCACCGACGAAGACGGGGUCUUCUCAGACUUCGACAGGCAGGAGCUGUUGUCGAGCGUCGUCAAAGGCAACCUCGAACCCCUUCCCGCCGGCUCCAAACACAUGGUCGCCAUCAGCCUGCCGCGUCGCUGGGCUACGGCGCCUCAUGGCAACGAUAGCUUCUACCUGACGGCGUACUUGGCUGCACGCGUUCUUAAUGCUGAUGGGCUGAAGUCGAAAAGGUCCAACGUCGUUCGAGUGAUGUUCAAAAUUGCAAACAUUACCGCCUCAUUACCCUCUGCAGUAGCUGACGCCGUCACGCCGGCAAAGCCUUCCCCGAAGGCCAGCCCAGCGACAACCACUACAAGGCAGACCAGGACCGAUUCUCCUCUCGAUCCGGCGACAACCCCCCCUGCAGAGGUUCAUCAUGAAGGCCAGACAUCCGUCUUCGUUUGGAUCCUGGUGGUGGCAGUGGCCGGAGUCGUCAUUAUGGCAGUCAUUAUUAGGCUGCUGCUCAAGAUGAAAUCGGACUACAGUGAUGAAACUAACACCAACACAAGGCAGAGGACAACAUAA